CCAGAUAGUCCGCCGGGUGCUACCCUCAACCUCAAAAUCCCAAUAAUUGCCCUCAUUAAUUUUCCAUAUUCUCUUCUUUCCAAACGUCAGAUUCCAAGGCCUUAACUAAUUAACAGUGAAACCUCAACUAAACGUCCCUUAAUUACCAUCACUUCACCAGCAGCCCUUUUAGACUAGGACGCGUCUUCUUCCUCCUCCUCCUCUAUCUUCCUCUCUGGUUUUUUAACCAGAGCCGCCAGAGGCCCCAUAAGUCCAUAAAACCCACCGCCACUACUAGAUCUGCAGCACACCCAAAACCCAGAGCCCUUGCCAUUUUCGUCCCACCACCCUCUAACCGCCACUUUCUAUUUUUGGAAACCCAGUAUGGAUUCCGAGCAGCGCCGCAAGCGGAAGAGAAUGGGGCGGUCCUACUCUGAGGCCAAGCACUACUUGUCGUCGCGGAGGUCUCUCUUUCUCUGCUUCUCCUUCUUCGUCUUCCUUCUUCUCUUGUCCUCCGGCCGCUUCAGAACGGCGUCGUUUCGGCCAGUCAUCACCGCCUCCUCCACCACUCUCUAUCUCAUCUCCUCCACUGCCCACAACUCGGUUCUUGACUCGGUUGCUCACCGGAACGACUCGCCGCCGGCGAAGGUCCAAGAUCGGGUCUUGUUUCCCGAUCACGUGCUGCUCAUCGCGGCCAACCGGUUUCAGCCGCAGGAUGAGUUGGAUUGCGUUUACCGGAGAUUUAACGGCUCCGAUGAGGUCGCUUUCGCCGUUAAGCCGGUGCUGUCGACGGAGGCUUACGAUGAGGUCCGGUCAAUCGUGCGAUGUCCGCUGCCGUUCGGGAACUACUCGUCGGCCGUCGAUUUGAGGAGGCGCGGCGGCAAACAUGAUUGGACGGCGAGGAUUAACUCGACGGCUGCGGCGGCUUCUCCUUGGGAUAAGGUGGUUUACGAGGCGGUUAUUGAUGACGACACGGCGGUUGUGUUCGUUAAGGGGUUGAAUCUUAAACCGCACAGAAAGUCCGACCCGACCCGACUCACCUGCCAUUUCGAGAUGGGCGAAGGGUUUGAGUUCACUACCGAAGCCGUUACGGCAGCGCAGGAAGUUGUGAGGUGUUUGUUGCCAGAGAGCAUUAGCAACGACCCGGAUAAGGCUUCGGGUAUUCGGGUCACUAUUGGGUUCAACACUGGGCGUCCGAGAGCUCCAGUCCAUGUGACUCUUCCUUCUGUGGCCACAAUCCACAAUUCAAAGCCCAAUUUGGAUGAGGCCACUAAGAAGAAGAAGCAUGAGCUUUGUGUUUGCACUAUGUUGUGGAACCAAGCCCCUGCGCUCAGUGAGUGGAUCAUGUACCAUGCUUGGCUUGGAGUCGAGCGGUGGUUCAUUUACGACAACAAUAGUGAUGAUGGGAUUGAAGAUGUGGUUUUGGACCUCGAUUCGCAGGGCUACAAUGUCAGUAGGCAGUCCUGGCCAUGGAUCAAGACUCAGGAAGCAGGGUUUUCGCAUUGUGCUUUGAAAGCGAGAGAGGAAUGUACUUGGGUUGGUUUCUUUGAUGUGGAUGAAUUCUUCUACUUCCCUAGGGAGUUCAGGAGACGUAGAAGAGAUGGCGUUCCUGGCGAAAACUGGCUCGGGAAGCUGGUUUCGAAUUUUUCAAACUCUCCGACGAUUGCAGAGCUGAGAACUGAUUGCCAUAGUUUUGGUCCGUCCGGGUUGAGAUCACAUCCAUCACGGGGAGUGACCACAGGGUACACUUGCCGGUUGCAAAGUCCCGAAAGGCACAAGUCAAUUGUCCGAACAGAUUUGCUUGAUGUUACAUUGCUCAAUGUGGUGCACCAUUUCAGGCUGAGAGAGGGUUUUAGGCACCUGAACGUGCCGGAAGGCAUUGCGGUGAUAAACCACUACAAGUACCAGGUUUGGGAGACCUUCAGGGCCAAGUUUUACAGAAGGGUUGCUACAUAUGUUGUGGAUUGGCAGGAAGAUCAAAACCAGGGGUCGAAGGAUAGAGCACCUGGGUUAGGAACAGAGGCCAUUGAACCGCCAAAUUGGAGGUUAAGAUUCUGUGAGGUUUGGGACACUGGCCUUAAAGACUUUGUUUUGGCUUACUUUGCUGAUCGUUCGACUGGGUCACUGCCAUGGGAGAGGGCUCAACAUCAGUAACAAAUGCAAAGAAGACUGGGUGCUUUCGCCCUUGUAUAACAACAGAGUAAACACACCAGCAGCUAUUCUUUUUCUUCGUUUUUUUUUGCCCUUUGGUAUCUGAUUAUUUUUUCUUUCAUACACAUGUAUGGAGAUUAAUUACAGGAUUCUUAUACUGUAAAUUUGUGACAAAAUGAAAUGAAUUUUAAUUUUUUCUUGUAA